AUGAGCGCCGAAAGUGACCCCCAGACACUCCCCGAGAAGGGCCACGCACCGGUGGAUGAGACUCCUCUGGACGUCGUGCCACUGGACCAGUUGCAGAAAGGUCGCUGGGAGCGCAGCUGGCCUACCAUCGCCUGUGGUGCUGGAUUAUUCUCAGAUGGAUACCUGAACGGAGUGAUCGGUCAAGUCAACACCAUGCUCAAGAAGAUCUACCCAGAGACCUACGCCAACUCGCCAGCCAGCCAGAACGUGUCGGCCAUUGCCUUUGCCGGCACAGUGGUGGGCAUGCUGCUUUUUGGCUAUACUAGUGAUCACUAUUCACGCAAGUGGUCGCUAAUGAUCUCAACCAUCAUCCUUUUCAUCUUUGCGGCGCUGUGUGCGGGCUCUUACGGCUACCAUGGUAGCCAGAGUGGUCUGUUUGCAGCCCUGACCGCAUAUCGUUUCUUCAUUGGCAUUGGUAUUGGAGGCGAAUACCCGGCAGGAUCGGUCGCCGCAGCCGAGAAUACUGGCGAGCUGAAGGAGGGCCAUCGAAACCGCUGGUUCAUCAUGUUCACCAACUUCCAGAUCGACUUUGCCUUCGUUAUCUCGGCGUUUGUGCCCAUGAUCCUGCUCUUGAUUUUCACUGAGGAUCACUUGCGCGCGGCCUGGCGUGUCUCGCUCGGCCUCGGUGUCAUCCCGCCCUUGAGUUUGCUGUACCUUCGUCUCAAGCUGAACGAGCCCGAAGAAUUCAACCGCGAGCGGAUGCAUAAGUUCCCGGUCGUAUUGAUUAUCAAGUACUACUGGUUUCGCCUGGCUGUUGUUUCGCUUAUCUGGUUCAUUUACGACUUUUCAUCCUACUCGUUUGGCCUCUAUUCCUCGGCCUGGAUUGAGAUCAUCACCGGCGAUAAUGCACCCAUGUGGAAGACUUUUGGUUGGACCACUCUGACCUAUUGCUUCUACCUCCCCGGUUGCACCCUGGGUGCAUUUGUGAGUGACUGGAUCGGUCCCCGCAAGACCCUUGCCAUCGGUGUCCUCCUUCAAGGCAUUGUUGGCUUUAUCAUGUCGGGAUGCUACAAGUACCUCGCAACAUCUGCAAACGUGGCUGGCUUCGUCGUGGUUUAUGGUAUCUUCCUUGCCUUGGGUGAGUUCGGCCCUGGUGACAACCUGGGGCUGGUCGCAGCCAAGACUAGCGCAACCGCCAUCCGAGGCCAAUACUAUUCGUAUGCGGCUGCCAUUGGAAAAGUCGGUGCUUUCGUAGGCACCUACGUCCUGCCGAUUGUCCAGAAGAAUGCCCCGAACAAGGUCCGCGAGGGCCAGGAUCCUUUCUUUGUCUCCAGCUCGCUGUGCAUCUUCAGCGCCUUCCUGGCCUUCUUCCUGCUUCCGCAGAUCAACCAGGAUACUAUCACUCUCGAGGAUGCCAAGUUCCGUGAGUACUUGACUCAGCAUGGCUAUGAUACCUCGACCAUGGGCAACUCCGCCCAGGUCACUCGUCAGGAGCGCGCCGAAGAGGCAUAG